AUGUUCUCCGCCCGGGCUCUCUCUCGCGCUGCGCGUACCGCCGCUCCCCGCGUCGCGCGCCCUGCUGUCGCCCCUCGUGCCGUCGCUGCGAGGAGCUACGCCCAAGCUGCCGACACCAAGACCGUCAAGCCGCCCGUCGCCCUGUACGGCGUUGAUGGCACCUACGCCAACGCUCUGUACAUCGCCGCCGCCAAGAGCUCCACCCUCGACCCCGUCGCCAAGGCCCUCGACAACCUGGCCAACGUCUUCAAGAAGGACGAGAAGCUCACCGCGGUCCUGGGCGCCCCGACCCUGACUGUAUCCGACAAGAAGCAGAUCGUCGCCGAGCUGUCCAAGAUCGUCGGUUCUGCGGACAAGGACGGCGUCGUCAAGAACUUCCUCGAGACUCUUGCCGAGAACAACAGGCUCGGCCUGCUCCAACCCAUCACCGAGAAGUUCGCCCAGCUCAUGAGCGCCUCCCGCGGCGAGGUCGAGCUCAACAUCACCAGCGCUCAGCCUCUUGACAACAAGGUCCUCAACCGCCUCGAGGCCGCCGUCUCCAAGUCCCCCUACGCCCAGGGCAAGAAGCUCAAGGUCGUCCCCAAGGUCAACCCGGACAUUCGCGGCGGUCUCGUCGUCGAGAUUGGCGACAGGACCAUCGACCUUAGCGUGUCCGCCAAGCUGGCCCGCAUGAACAAGCUCCUCAGCGACCAGCUGUAA